CGGCCGAGCCGUGCGGCGGUCCACCGCCGAGUGCCGACCGACGAUCGGGACCGUGUGUCAGUGCGUUCGUGCGAUUCGGACACGCAGCAACGGUUUCGUUUCGGUAUCCGUGUAACAGUCGUGCGCUCGCGUUUGCCGUCCGUACGACAUCAAAACCGUAGGCAUAUAUAGUUUUUCUGCCUUCCGUUUUCGUAAAGUAAAUGAUAUCGUUUCGGUGACAAUAAUAUAACAGUCGCGAAAAAACACGACCGAUCGCAACGACGACUGGCCGCUAUGUGAAAAACGUGCAGUGCAUCGAGCGGUGCAGUGUGCGGACGAUGAGGCGCCGAUGGCCACCUCGACAGACACCGAACACCGCGACCACCAUCACGACGACCACCGGCACUACCACCAUUACGGCCGUCCGGCGCUACCGCGGCCGCAGCAGCAGCAGCAACACCGCUACGCCUACAAGACCGCGGUCAAGAAACAGCGGCCAUCGGCCGGCGGCAAGAAGAAAUCGACCGGAGGCAACCGUAGGCGGCGUCUGACGCACGUGUUGGCCGGCAUCCUUCUGGGACUGUUUGUCGGCUACACGUUCGGCGGAUCGUACGACCGACUCCGGUUGUACGCCGGUUGCGGCACCGACGGCCGUAGCGGUGCCGGUCAGCCGGGCGUGCUGCAGCCGCUGCAAUCGUCCCAGGCCCUGCGCGACGACCGGGACGACGGCGGCGGAGCGAUACCCGCAUGCAAACUAUUUUAUACCACAACUCCAGUGGCCGUGAUGCGUUCACCGGUAAAUUGAAACAAAAAGAAGUACAUCGAGCCAUAACUCUCCAUCCAGUCAAGCAGCAUAGUCACAUGUAUAGGAUACACAACUACAUGAAGGGUCUUGAGUUGCAAGAAAUACAUCAGAAGAAGAUCUUGUUGUACCGGGACGUACGCUCUAUGAUGAAUCAGCUGAAUAGUACUCACCCGCAAUCGUCUAAAGAGUUCCGGCUAACCGGCGAUACAAAACAACUGUUCUCAUCCCGGCCGGGAAGUCCGAAUUACUUAGGCGACCCGGACCUGUUGGGACUUCCACCGGGUCUGAACAAGUAUAGACCGCGCAAGGUGGCGGACGUCAUCAAGUGGGACUUUAUAUCAAAAGCAUGGUUCUCGGAUACAGAUGCAAAUCCCAGACGUCGGAUCGACUCGUACACGAAAGAAGGCCUCGAUGACGUCGUCCGGGAGGUUAUGGAUCUAAUAAAUAAAUUUUCCAAGCAACGUGGUCGGGUAAUUGAUUUUAAAGAAAUAUUUUACGGUUACCAGAGAGUGAACCCAUUAUACGGCGUCGACUACAUGUUGGAUAUGUUGCUGAUGUACAAGAAAUACCGGGGAAAGAAGAUGACCGUUCCUGUGCGGCGACACGCAUACCUCCAGCAGCAAUUUACUGGUUUCGAAGUGCGAGAAGUGUUGGACGGUUUGGAAGUGAAUCCAAAAAUGCAGCAGCAGGACGCCGAAGUGUACGAAAAUGACGACGAUGACGCGGCGGGGAGUCCGUCCAGGGACAUCGCGGACAACGGUAUGGUCCGGGUGGUGGAAGGGCCGCCAGCCAAGCGUCGGCCCGACAGCCAAGCUAAGACGGUUCACUUCGUGCUUCCGUUGUUCAACCGGCUGGCCACUUUCGCCCGGUUCUUGGACAACUACGAGUCGGUGUGCCUGGCCAAUGACGAGCGCGUUACGCUGACGGUGGUGCCCUACGGACGGGCCACUGCAGACGGGGCGGCCGCCGCGGUGGCCCAACUCGCGGCCCGCUACCCAAACGCCCGACUCACCGUGCUGCCGGACGCCGGCGGCCCGUUCGCUCGGGCGGCGGCGCUGCAGGCGGGUGCCGUCCACGCGGCCGGCCCGCCGCCGGACGACCUACUGUUCUUCGUCGACGUGGACAUGCUGUGGACGGCCGCGACGGUGGACCGCGUCCGGUUGAACACGGUCCGCGGCCGCACCGUGUACUUCCCGAUCGUGUACAGCGAAUACGACCCCGUAGUGGUGUACGGCCGGGCGGCCGGGUCCCCGAACCACUUCCUGGUCAACCAGGACACCGGAUAUUGGCGGCAGUACGGGUUCGGUAUCGUCAGCGCGUACGCCACCGACCUGGCGGCCGCCGGCGGGCUGGACACGUCCAUCCAGGGCUGGGGCAACGAGGACGUGGACCUGUACGAGAAGUUCGUGCGGUCGCAAACCGCGACGGCGGUGUCCGUGUUUCGCGCCGCCGACCCGGACCUGGUGCACGUUUACCAUCCGGUGGAGUGCGACGCCGGGCUGCCGGAACCCAAGGCCCGGAUGUGCGCCAACACCAGGUUCGAAACGUACGGUAACGUGGACCAGUUCGCCAACAUCAUCUACAGGAACCGGGACGUGGUGUACGAGUUCGCGGCUCGCCGACUGCGGAACGAGUCGGCCUCGGCGACGCGGCCGUCGCUUCCGCUGCCCGUGUCCGUGUCGGCGUCUCGACCGCGCGUUUAAUGAUUUAAAAAAUAUAUAUUAUGACAUAAUCAUACUCAGCACAUUAUUGUUUGUCAUGUUUAUCGCAAACGAACAAGAACGUCAAUUAUUCGUGUCGUGAUCUCAAGUCGAUCGAGAAAAUCGUGUCUCUCUAUAUGCCUCUCUCUCUCUAUAUAAAAAUAUAUUUAUACAAUAUUAUAAUUAAUGUAAUGUUUAAGACAUAU